UUUCUAAUGAAAUUUGUUCUGCAACCACCCUUUCUAUUUAACUUAACAACACUUAAUGGAAUUCCAAAUUUAUUUUUUGUGCGAUCUGCUGGAAAAUCAGAAUGCAGGAUUUGUAGAGGAAUACAAAUCAGAACAACUUCUCAUCUCCCUUAUAUAUCCGCCAGAAAUAAUUUUUUAUUUUACAAAUUAAAUAAAAAUCUUCUUCACCGGAAACAACAUUUUUCACAAAUGGUUGCAGAAUCAAUUCUAUCUUUAUCAACAACACAAAAUGGGGUGGAACGGAAAAAAAGUUAUGUGCACGGAGCUGCUUCCAAAAAUCCCCUACUUUACAGCACAAUAGGUGAACGAUUAAGAUUGGCAGCAAAUCUGUUUCCAACACGCGAAUUUGUACUCUUCAAAAGGGAUGGGGUGCGCAAAACUUAUAAGGAUGUUCUCGAUGAUAGUGAACGUCUCGCAACUGGACUUAUCCAUUUAGGAAUGGAAAAAGGUGACCGAAUAGGAAUAUGGUCGCCUAAUAAAUAUGAGUGGAUUACUACACAGUUUGCGAGCGCCUUAGCUGGCUUUAUUUUGUUAAUAUGCCCGCCAGCUUUUAAACGUUCCCAAUAUUACAACACUCUUCGCGAAUUGAUCCCAGAACUUGAAGAUGCACCUCCAGGAGAUGGUAGAAUCUCUACUGACACAUUCCCAAAAUUAAGAAAUUUGAUUGUGUUUAAAAUGGGAAAUGGGACGGAAGCGGGGGUUGAUGAAAAUGGAAAUGAGGAGCGAAGAUAUAAUGGCGCUUGGGACUAUAACCACGUACUCAACAUGGGAACUGUUGAAGACCGCAGGCGUUUGGCCCAGAAUGAGGCAAAUGUCCAACCGGAUGAUCAAGCAAAUAUACAAUAUACUAGUGGAACCACAGGAAAGCCUAAAGGAGCAACACUUACACAUCACAACAUUGUAAACAACGCUUAUUUUGUGGGGUUGAGAGCUGGGUAUCAUGAAAAGGUAGUUAAUUAA